CCUGAACACAAGUUGUCUUUGUUGCACCUAAACCGAUAAUUGCGUGCUCAGUCCCCGAUCAGCGUACGAAGUUGGUCUAUGUUGCACCUACUCUUAUCUCCCCGCAUGAUCACGUGCCAGGUCCCCUCUUUGCCCGUUAUUUUUGAGGGACCAAUGCUACGCUGACACAGAACUCAUGAAUCGCGUCUUACAACCGGCCCGUCGCUCAUCUUCGGCACUUUGUUCGCUACCCAGAUCAACAAUACAUCCUAGAAUUGUCGUAUCACAACUCUCAACCCGCGCAAUGUCUACUACCUCGGUACCCGGCAGCGAUAAGAAGCCCAACACCUGGCAGGGGGCUGGCGCUGCCGAGUUUGACCUCAGAAGUGAUACAAUGACGAAGCCUACCGCAUCCAUGCUUGAAGCCAUCUGCCAAACGACUCUCCUCGAUGAUGUCUUCAACGAAGACACAGUCACCAAUGACUUGCAAAGCUACGUCGCCCAGAUAACGGGGCAUGAGUCGAGUUUGUUGGUUCUUUCGGGGACAAUGGGAAACCAGGUGGCCAUUCGCUCUCAUCUCGCGCAACCUCCUCAUUCGGUGUUGUGUGAUCAUCGAUCUCACAUCAUUUGUUAUGAAGCUGGUGGUGUAAGCGCAUGGACCGGUGCUACAAUGCAAACGGUUGUACCCAGGAACGGGGUUCAUUUGACCUUGGAGGACAUCCAGAAGCAUGCUGUGCUCGACGAUAACAUCCAUUAUUGUCCUACCAAACUGAUAAGCUUGGAGAACACACUUGACGGAAUGAUUAUGCCCUUGAGCGAGGCGCGCCGCAUCGUAGAAUGGGCCCAUGCUAAUGACAUCAAGGUUCAUCUGGAUGGUGCUCGGCUGUGGGAGGCCGUCGUGGCAGGUGCGGGUAGCCUGCCCGAAUACGCCAGCCUGUUUGACAGUGUGCGCCAAUUGGAAGUAUCAUUGUCGGUUCUCAAGACUUUAUUAAAAAAAGCCCGCUGGUUCCGCAAGUCUAUUGGUGGCGGUGCUCGUCAAACGGGUGUAAUUGCAGCUGCCGCCCGAGUCGCCCUGGAUGAAACAUUUGGCACUGACCCUCAAGGCCAGACUGGAAAGCUUGCAGCAACCCAUGCAAAGGCGAAGCAGGUAGCCGAGAUGUGGACCAGUCGCGGAGGCAAGCUGGAGCACCCUUUGCACACCAAUAUGGUUUGGUUGGAUCUCGAGGCAUCUGGGGUGGGGCCGAAUGAUAUGGCACAGAUUGGACAAAAACAAGGACUGAGAUUGAUGGGCGGCCGGGUAGUGGUUCAUUACCAGAUCUCCGACGAAGCAAUCGCACGGCUUGAGCGAGUCUUCGACACUGCGCUCAAGGGAGAUUACCAGCGAAAUGAGGAUACGAGCAAACCGUAUGGGACCAAAUAAUCUGAAGACAGGCAUAUAGAGCGUAGAAAUGUAAAUAUUAUGUUCCAUUACCCUCAAAUGU